CUCCCGUCGGAGAUUCUGAUCAAGAUUCUGUCAUACCUGGACGCCUCCUCCUUGCUCUGUGUCAGCCAUGUCAGCAAGCUGCUCCACCGGCUGGCCAACGACGACAUCGUGUGGCAGAGGAUCUACACGUCAGACUUUGGGAGCUGGAAAUGGAAGCCAACGUCGCAGGAUGGUGGGGGGGCAGAGGAGGAGGAGGUGGAGGAGGUGGAGGAGGAGGUGGAGGAGCAGUCAGCGGGCCACUGGAGGAAGACCUACCUCAGAACCAUGGCGGGACAGGAGAUGAACAAGAAGCUGAACGUGAGCUGGGAGCUGACGCUGAGCGACCACACGGGCCGGGAGAGCGCGCUGGAGCAGAGCCGGACCUAUUUCUUCGAGUCGUCUGUGGUGGUCCGCUGGAGUGGAGGCGGCUUCCAGGGAUACCAUCACGUCAGCAGCAUCCAGCUGUACGGGGUCAGGAGGGAGCCGCCCAACAGCCCCACGUCCAGGAAGCCCGCCUGGCGCUCUCUCAUCCUCACGCUGGACACCAGGGCCCCCGGGCGCCGCGUCCUGGGCAGGGACGGCCUGAUCAAAGUGCUGGUGCUGCAGCCCGGCGUGGUCGUUGGCCUCUGGAGGGGUCAGGACAGAGUGGCCUUCGUCAUGGUCAGCCUGCACUUUCACAAGCUGGUGGAGAAGAGUCUGCUGGGAUCUCCAGUCUGCCCUUACCUGGAGCCCGUGGAGCCUCCACCUGUGGGCGACCCGGACCCGGAGCUGGGCCUCCACGGGUACACUCUGCACUUCGUCCUGCACAACACCGGCACCGAGAUCAUGUCCGGAAGGUUCCGCCAGCUCUCCUGUCGCACAUUAACUCGGCCCCCCCGCGGCCUGGUGGAGCUGAGGGUCAUCAGCAGGACCGACCUGUCCCAGCACAGAUCGCUGUCGGGAAGCAUCAAGCUGCCCUGGAAGAGCGGGGAGCUGGAGGGCGCCGUGGAGAACUGCUGCAUCAUGACUAUGACUCUGCUGGACGAGUUCCAGAAGCCCUUCUGGUGCCUCAGCUCGCCCAUAAACAUCAAAAUGACCAAGAGCUCGCUGUCCUACGACUACAAGGGCGACCACUUCCUGAUGGAGCACCGCAGCCCGGACGGGGGGGUGAAGAUGAAGCUGGUGUGGCUGAAGGAGCAGAAGCAGUUUUUCAUCAUCAGCCUCACUGUUUAUGUUGCCGUAUUCAAAGUCAACAAGCGUUUUGGGACCGAGUACUGAGGCAGGAGCCAGGCAGGGAGAAAAGCUCUUAUUUUUUGUUCACAAAGCCGAAUGUUUAGUUAAAAUGCAGAUUCACAGUAAAAAAUAGUUAAAUUACGACAAGAUAAAAGGACUAAGAUGGAUGCUGGGUUCAGUCACAGAUGAAUAACUGAUGUUUGGUUCAUGUACAGCAGCUAAAGAAAUACGUUUGGUUGAUUUUACUUUUCCACAAUAAAAACAG